AUGCACAUGUUAGCGAAAGCACCUAAUAAAGGGGAUGGAAACAAGUCCCUGGCUAAGAUACUGGCGAAAUGGAAAGAAUAUAAUGCCCAGCUUGAUUCCAGCAAUGAUGCGGAUAAGCCAGUUCGAAAAGUUCCUGCCAAGGGAUCGAAAAAGGGGUGUAUGAAAGGUAAAGGGGGGCCUGAGAACUCGCGGUGUAACUACAGAGGUGUUAGGCAGAGGACUUGGGGAAAGUGGGUUGCUGAAAUCCGAGAGCCUAACAGAGGGAAUAGGCUCUGGCUUGGUACUUUUCCCACUGCCAUUGGAGCUGCCCUUGCAUAUGAUGAAGCGGCCAGGGCAAUGUAUGGAUCCUGUGCCCGUCUCAACUUUCCCAAUGUUUCAGUUUCCAGUUUCUCCGACGAAUCCUCCAAAGAUUCUCCAGUGGCAAAUCAUUCUGGUUCUUCAAUGGCGGUGUCUGCAAAUGAAUCCAUGGUUUCACCAAGUAACUCUGAGGAGGCAGGCGCAGGAGAGGAUGUUGAUUUGGAACCCAUUUCCUUAUCCUUAAGUGUAAAACUUGAGAACGGGGAAGGUGAAUCGGGGAUAAGUUCAUCCCCUCCUUCUUCAUAA